CGGGCCCGAUCGCGAGAGGAGAAGAUGAUAAUGAAAAAGAUGUGGAGGAAAUUUUCUAUGCGCGGAGAAAAGACUGGAGAAUUGUAUCAAUUUAGCAUUCGAGAGAGAGCGAGAUAAUUUCCACCAGGAGAAACAACAACCUUCAUCAAUCGUGUGUAUGUUCCUCUGUAGAGGCAUAUAAUACAUGGAUAUAUAUUACAAAAGUUGGACUCCAUAUAGAUAUAGGCGAGUGUAUUUCCAACAAAACUUACGUCGGUCAUUGAACUUGUUAUGUUUCUUCCUCAUAGUGGCAUCCUCCUCUAGCCCGAGUCGCUGCGCCGUCUUCCAUCUCGCGCCUCAUUGCAACAGUGGCCAUGGCAUUGACAUCUACCUGGUUGGGGAUCUCAGGCAUUCCCGAUUUGCCAAGAUUCUCACUACGCUUCUCCUCUCCCUACGCUCAAUUUUGAUAUUUUGUGAUCUCUAUUCCCAAGUUUUCAUCUGUGGCAGACGAAAGUGAUCGCGCUGGCGAGAGGAAGACUCACGCUGGGACACUCCAGCGCUCGUAAGUGUGCCCAUUUGCCCAGUUCCGCCAGUGUCAGUGGUUCCUGUUCGUGAAUUUUGUGCAAUUCAGCAGAAAUGCAGUGUUCGUGAUCACAGUUGCAUUGCUUUUUGCCCACCAAGUGUGUGCUUUCUUCGCUGACGAAGAUCCAGAGACGCUCUGAUCAAAUGAUUUACAUAUUUUCCACAAGUGCUAAAAUGCGAUAAGAGCCAAUAAUCCUCCGCUAUGACACAAUAGAGAAGAGAUUGAAAUGGAUGUAUUCAAGAUCAAGUCGUCCAGUUCGGGAUUCGAUAGCACUCUUGUGGACAUCCUAGAGACUGAGGAUGUCCCAGAGAUCACGUUUGACGCCAAUUCCGUGCUGAAUCUCGACUUCUUCGACUCGACGGACUUCAGUGAGGGCAGCGUCGCUGCCAAGGCGGAAUCCGAGCUUCCCGCCACAUUCGGCAGUCCUGACUCCGUGGAGUCCACAUCAAUUGAAUCCCCACCGACCAAGUUCGCCACACCCACCGCAGAAGAUCCUCACAUUGUCACCAGUUCCGGUAAGAAGGCCACAGAUUGUCCGGGAUUCUUCGUGGCCGAUUCCACCAAGGACGCCGCCGUGAAGUCCUUCAUCCCGUGCAAGAUUUGCGGCGACAAGGCGUCCGGCUAUCACUACGGCGUGACCUCGUGCGAGGGCUGUAAGGGAUUCUUCCGACGCAGCAUCCAGAAGCAGAUCGAGUAUCGAUGCUUGCGCGAUGGGAAGUGCCUUGUGAUUCGCCUGAACAGAAAUCGCUGCCAGUUCUGUCGCUUCAAGAAGUGCCUCUCAGUUGGAAUGAGUCGAGACUCUGUCCGAUAUGGCAGAGUUCCCAAGAAGCCUCGAGACUCCCCGAGAUUGCCAGACAACUCCUCUGCCGCCGUGUCCAGUUCUUCGGGAUGCUCCACAGCAGACACCGUGGCGUCCUCAUCUCAGCUCGUGAGCAUCGUGACGGACAUCGACACGCCCAACAGUGAGGAACUCUCCGUGAACGACAUAAUUAGCUUGGUCUCGCAGGCUCACAGCGCCUUCUGCAACUACACUGAUGACUUGCUGAAGACGCUGAGCCGGAAGCCCAUCGCCUCGCUUUUCCAACGAGGCAAGGAGGACUUCCCGGUGAAGGAUCCACUGGAGAAGCACCGCAUGUGGCUGUGGCAGCAGUAUGCGAACCGCGUCACGCCAUCCGUGCAGCAAGUCGUGGAGUUCGCAAAGCGAAUCCCAGAGUUUUGUGAUUUCACGCAGGACGACCAGCUGAUCCUCAUCAAGCUGGGCUUCUUCGAGGUGUGGCUGAAUCACAUCGCCAAGUCCACCACGGAAUCCACCAUGAUCUUCGACGAUGGCUACUAUUUUACGAAGCAGCAGCUCGAGAUUAUGUACGAUCUGGACUACGCCAAUUCCUUCUUCACAUUCUCCAACGUGCUAAACAACUAUCUGCUGAGCGACCAGGAGAUUGGGCUCUUCUCCGCUCUCAUUCUCCUCGCAGUGGAUCGUCCUGGCGUUGUGGAGCCGAGAGUGAUUUCGCGGACUCGCGAUCGCGUCUCCGAGGCGCUCAGGGUGCAAAUAAUGCAGACCCGGCCGGAUGAGACGGCCUCCAUGAAGCUGAUCCUGGAACUGAAUGAGAAGAUCGCGGAGCUGCGAUCACUGAGUGCCAAACACUGUGUUCAUUUGAAUUGGAUUAAGACUAAUUGGUCCAUCAUGAGGCUUCCACCACUCUUUGCUGAAAUAUUCGAUAUUCCAAAAUGCGAAGAAGACUUACAGUAGUU